AUGGAAUAUCAUUUACCAAUUAUGUCAGCUAAACUAUGGGAAAGCAUUAAGAAGGGCUAUAUCGAUCCACAGUACAGUCCUACUACUUCGAAUGAAAUCAAAGCAUAUGAGAGUAAUGCAAAGGCUAUAGUUGCAAUUGUCUCAUGUUUGAAUGAUGCAAAUUUUAGUAAAGUUACAUGCACGAAGUCAGCUAAAGAAACUUGGGAGAUGUUAAAGAGUGUAUUUGAAGGCUAUAUUCAUCUAGUGAAUGAAAUUUUAAAUGCUCUUAGAGGUGUUGGUGGAACGCUUGAAGAAAGUGAAGUUGUAAAGAAGAUAAUGGCAAAAUUGCCCAAAAGCUAUAAGCCUAAGAAGUAUGCUAUUGAGGAAAGUCAUGACAUGAAUAAGCACACUGUGAAUCAGCUCCUUGGUUCACUCUCUAUCUUUGAUAUUGUUGAAUUGGAUGAUAUCAAAAAGGAAAGGAAGGAAGCUCAACAUUCAAGAUGCAUGUAUAAACAAGAUUGUGGUGGAAGACCUAAUGAUGAUGACAAAGGAAAGGAGAACUACAAAGGAAAUAAUAGAGAUAUAAGAAGAGAUGACAGAGAGAAGCAAAAGAAGAAUUUUUGUUCAACAAAGGUGUACUCAUUUGAAGAGGAUGGCAAUGACUCAAAUGAAGAAUCUUUGUUUUUUUCUAUACAAGAAAAGAAUGAUGGCUGGUUCAAAAGAUUAGAAGAUGUGAAGAACAAUGAGAAACCAGUAAGUGUGAAGACUACACUACAUGCAAAAGUGGAACCAAAAGUGUGGAUCAUUGACUCUGGAUGUUCAAACCAUAUGACUGGUGAUAGAAAUAAGUUUAUUAACCUUGAGAAAUAUGAUGGUGGAUUAGUUAAGUUUGGAGAAGAAGAAUAUACACCUAUUUGUGGAAAAGGAAGCAUCUCUAUUGACGGCAAUUUCUUAGUGGCACAAGUUUGUAAUCAAAUUGAGGAUGUACCCGUGACUAAGGCUAUUCCUACUAUUGUAAUUGAGUUGAAUGCUUUAGAAGAUAAAAGUUGGGCAAUUAUAGUUGAACAAGAAACAAAUCUAAUAGAGGAAAGUCAAACAUUGGAACCAAUACCUAAUUCGUUAGACAAGAAUGUGGCAAAAGACAAAAGGAGGUUUAUGAAAAAGCUAAAUAAAGCUGGUAGAGAGAAAGACAAGGAUAAAGUAAAUAACUCUAAUUAA